AGUGAAGUUGUCGGUAAUGUGCAGAGCCUCCUGUCAUAAUGUGAUUUAUAUUUACUUAGUAUGGUAGGAGAUUUCAGUUUGUUUGGGAUUUCUUUUUGUGCUUUUUUUCAGUUUGUUUGUGGGGUUUUUUUCUUAUUUUUCGUUACAGAAUGUUUAAGUGACAAUUAAAUUCUUGCAAGUUUUCUUACUUUUAGGCAAAGUCCUUCUGCUGACUUUUCCCAGCCUGGAUGGCAGGUUUAAAACCCAGCGUGCAUACACAGGAGCAAGCUGCAGCUACCACUGAAGGUCUGCAGACUUAGAGAAGGCUUGGAAGCAUGGAAAGCCUCUGUGCAGCAAACAGCACUUUUGCUGUGGACCUGUUAAGAAAGCUGUGUGAGAAGAAAAGUGGGCAGAAUGUGUUUUUUUCACCAUUUAGUAUUUCUUCUGCUUUGUCUAUGGUUUUGCUGGGUUCAAGAGGUGGCACUGAAGCCCAGAUUCGUAAGCUGGAAAGAGAACUUAUGCAUGAGAAGCUGAUGGGUUGGAUCAGUCCAGAAAUGAUGAAUUCUACAGAGGUGAUGGUGUAUUUACCCAGAUUUAAACUGGAAGAAGAUUAUGAUCUGAGACCUAUUUUAAGAAGCAUGGGAAUGCCUGAUGCAUUUGAUUUGGGGAAGGCAGACUUUUCAGGAAUGUCACCUGUCAUCUCUCCUGGUAAUGAGCUGGUGCUCUCUGAAGUGGUUCACAAAGCCUUUGUGGAAGUCAAUGAAGAAGGCACUGAAGCAGCUGCUGCCACAGCUAUGCUAAUUUGUGAGAGUUCUGGUAUAAUAAUGUCCAUUCCAGAAUUCAUUGCUGAUCAUCCCUUCCUCUUCUUCAUCCGGCACAACAAGACUUCCAGCAUUUUGUUCGGUGGCAGAUUUUGCUGUCCCUAAGGAGGCAGCAUAGGUGCCUUCAGACAAUAAAUUUAUAUUUCCCUAGAACAAGGUGGCUUAAUCUGCACUAAUUGUCUCUUUCAGCUGUGCCUGAUCUUCUUCUGUAAUCUUGAUCUUGGGCUUGGCAGGAAUAACAGAUCUGCUUAGGCAAACAGAGCACGUGCCAUGUCCAGCCCCUCCUGUCCCUGUGUGCUGAGGUCUCCAGGUUCUUGCUGACACAAGAACCAUCCCACUUGCUCUGUGAGUGCUUUUUCUGUGCUUGAGUUCACUUUUGGUGUCAGCAGGCAGAGUCAGGCAGUGAGAGCCAUGGGAUUGUUACCUUUGCUUGUGACAAGGCUGGAGCACAUUUGUAGCUGCCCUUGCCUUUUACCUUCCAGUCUCCUGCAUUGAGUGCCUUGAUGCAUUGCCUGGAGCUGAAAGGAGUUUUUGGCAGCCUGUUCCAGGUAUUGCUGAACAUCCUGCAUAGAUGGGGGUUUUUGGCUAACAGCUGGAGCCGCACUUAGGCACGAGUGGGAAUGAAAGUAUGCUGUUAUCAGAGAUGUCCCUGGGUAGUAUUUGGGGUGAGUACCUUUAUUUCUUCACUCCGGACACUUGGGUGUAUUCACUUUCCCCUGGUUCUGGUCACUUAAAAAAGAAUGAAAUAAAAGGGCACAUGGUGCCUAUGGACUAUUUGAAGGAGAAAGUCUUAAUUUCAGGGUUUUUUUUCUGCUACUGUGCUAUGUUUAUCAUAUUAAUAUUUUCUUAAACACCGUAGUUUACCUGUAUAAUACCAAAGACAGAGAUGUAACCGCUUUCCUUACACCGGGAUGUAUGUUGUGGGUCCUGUUGCUGGAAUAAUAAAAGAAGCAUAAGCACUG